CUGAUGGGCAGUUAAAGGAAUUAUUUUCUGAUUUACCGACGGGACCCUUAGAUGGUUACAGGAAAAAGGCUACUUUUGACUGGCGCCGGAUGAAACUGUCCUACGAUACUUUCGCGGCGAUGAAAUUAAAAAACGAAAUUUGGACGUUCAUGCGAAAACACCCUCUAUUCCAUCACACGGAAGCUACAAGGACAUUGGACGAAGAGCGCCAUAUCACUACUAAGAGAAUGUACGCUAUUUACAAUGAAAACUUUGUUGCAUAUGACAAGAUUUUGGAAGAGCCGACUAUAGUGCAAGCUCAGACAGAAGGGUUGUUCAUGUUUGAUAGUUCGCUAGCUGUCAAAAUUUCCCUGACAUUUGGAAUGUUUAAGAAUACAAUCCAGGGAAAUGGCCGAGAUCUGCACUUACAUUAUGUUGACGACGCACAAAAAGCAAAAAUAGGAGGUUGUUUUGCCCUAACAGAAGUGUCACAUGGAUCCAAUGCAAAGGGAAUGCGGACAACCGCCACUUAUAUUCCUGAGAAACGGCAGUUUGUACUGCAUACUCCUGAUUUUGAAGCGGCCAAGUGCUGGGUGGGAUGUCUGGGAAAAUGCGCUACGCACGCAAUAAUCUACGCAAUGUUGAUAUCGAAGGGCAUAAAUCACGGUCUUCACGCCUUCGUCGUGCCAAUAAGGGAUCCCAAGACUCUGAAGGCGUACCCUGGCGUCAUUGUCGGGGACAUUGGCGAGAAGGUUGGACUGAAUGGGGUUGAUAAUGGUUUUGUUAUGUUCAACAACUACCACCUGCAGAAGGAAGCCGCGUUGGACAAGUUCGGUGGUGUGGAUGAUAAUGGUGACUACAAGACGCCGUUCAGGGAUCCCAGUAAGAGAUUUGGCGCUUCGCUUGGCGUUUUGUCUGGUGGUCGCGUUCACAUAACGAGCAUAUCAGCGAACUAUCUACAGAAGGCUAUCGUCAUAGCGAUUAGAUACUCUGGUGUCAGGAAGCAGUUCGGCCCCGACGGCGGUGAGGAAGUGCCAGUACUGGAGUACCAGCAACAGCAAAUCCGCCUGCUGCCAUACUUGGCAGCGACCUACGCACUGCGCAUCUUCAGCAACUGGUUCGGCGUCACGCACAUCAGUAUGACCAUCAACCGAAUGAUGGGCGUAGACGACAAUACAGCGGCAGCUAAAGGCAUGGAGAUCCACGCUCUGUCGUCAGCAGCCAAACCCAUAUCUGGGUGGAUGGCGCGCGACGGCAUUCAGAACUGCAGGGAGGCCUGCGGCGGACACGGCUACUUGAAAGCGGCGGCAAUAGGUGAUAUUCGCAACGACAAUGACGCAAACUGUACAUAUGAAGGAGAGAACAGUUUGCUACUACAACAGGCGAGUAACUGGUUACUCAGCGUGUGGCCGCGAAGACACAAGAUCACAAGUGAGGAUGCGCCACUGGGGUCUUUGGAGUUUUUGAACAAUGUGGACCAAUUGCUUGCAGAAAAGUGCAAAUGGAAUUCAGUUAAAGAUAUUGUUGAGCCAAAGAAUCUAAUCCACAUGUAUAAAUGGCUGACGGCGUACAUGCUAAAGAUGACCUUCGAGAAGGUGUCCAAGCUCAAAAACCAGGGCAAGAGCAACUUCGAGGCGAAGAACGAGUCCCAAUCUUUCAACGCUGUCACUCUCUCUGUUGUCUAUGGAGAAAAUUACAUUCUGAACCACUUUUACAAGACUGCGCUUGCUUUCGAAGACGCAGCGUGCAGAAAAGUUCUAUUGAAAUUAGUAUCUCUGUACGGUGCUUUCAUAUUGGAGAAGCAUUUGGCUACAUUGUACAUUGGCGGCUUCUUCAGCAACGAGCAAGGCCUGCUCCUCCGCGAAGGCAUCCUGCAGCUGUGCGCGUUUGUGGCGCCUGACGCCGUGGCGCUGGUGGACACGCUGGCGCCACCCGACUGGUGCCUGAAGAGCGUUCUAGGCAUGGCCGACGGGGAGGCCUACAAACACAUUCAGAACAGCUUCAUGAUGUACCCAGGAGCCUUGGAACGACCUGAGUGGUGGCGAGACGUAGUUUUCUGGGAUACCUACGUGCCUUCCAAACUAUAAAUAAAAAUUAAGCGCUAACAAAUUUUCAAGCUUGUACAUGGUGACGGUUAUAUUACGUUAAACUUUUAUCAACUAAGAACAAACAUAAUGGUUGAAUUUUUAUAAUUUUACAUAUCGUUGAUCUAUUUACAUUAUGCAAGUCUAAGACAAUAAUCAAUUACUAUAUACAACUUAAGUUUAAAAAACUUAAUAAAUACAUAAAUACCCGUCUACACGGUCGAACUUUACCGCAAGUAAUCUUGCGCAAGAAAAGUAAAACUCCUGCAACCCACUCGUUCUGUACCCUUUUCUAUUACACAAUACACAUGCUGAUAUAAAGCGUAGUCGAUUUGCGCUAAUUUACUCGUGAUGAAGGUCGACCGUGUAAACGGUCCUUUAGUGUAUAGGUGAAAGGAAAGUAUAUUAUUACACAAUACAUUAUUAUUUACAUGUUAAAUUAUUUUAUAUACAAAUUAUUAUAUUGUUACAGGCUGUCUUUUUUGAAGAUGGAGUAAAGUGACAUUUAUUGGAUGGUUGCUAGUUUUCGUAAAAUUUUAAAUAGUGAUGUAGUUAUCGUCAAUUUUAUCGAUAGAUUGUUAAAAAUGUUUGAAUUGUGAAUGUUAGGACGUUCUAAUUGCUUUUUUAUUCUUAUUUUGACUGUUGGUGUGUUAGUGUCGAAAUAAAAUUUAAGUCAUGCACAUUUUAAUAAAAACAAUCGGAUUUGAUUAUGUAUUAAAUUCAAAUGAAAAACUUUGAAAUAAGUCUACUGUUUGUAUUUUCAGAAGGUAACCAUUCAAUUGAACCUGUACCCAGCAUUUGGACGAACGAAUUGAAAGAACGAAUAAAUGAAACAUAUUCGUCUUUUUAUUGCACAAGCGUGACCAUUCAGUCCAUAGUCGAUAAAAUAUUUAUCGACUGCAAUCACUAGCUGCUUGCAAGCGGGCAACACUUGCGAAAUGAACUGUCAUUUUACUCCCAUCUUCAAAAAAGACGUACCACAGAUAGAAGUUCAUAUUGAUAAUUAUUAUUGAUAAUUAUUUCCGUAUGAACGCGUGUGACACAUCCCUCUACUGUUCUCGUAUGUAAAGUCGGGCUGGUUAUAAGACUGAUAUAAUUCUUCCUUGAUACAAAAACUAAUAUUUUUUGCCGUCUGUACAUAAUAAUGCCUAUACAUUGUUGUAAGGUUUAUAUUAAAACAAGGGAAUAGUAAAUGGUUCCAUUUAUAAAUUUGAACGAACAAAUGUAUAUUAAUUUUAAAACCCAUAUUAAAUUGUCCAAAAGAAAAUCGGUCUAAUUUUGAAUUUCUGUCAAUCUAGUCAGUUUGCCUUUGUGGCGUGUAUUGUGUGCGAGUAUAUUUAAUAUAUCGUAACGUUAAGGUACUUUUUGACCAGACUACAUAAAAAGCACGAUGGGUGUUUAUUAUUGAAAACUGGGCUCAAGAGUCAUUCACAGAAUCAAAAGUAAACACUGUAAACAGGAACUCUUACAGGAGAAAAGACGCGCGUAAUAUGAAAACUAUCUAACUCGAGAAACGUUUAUGGCGGACUUUAGAAUAUUAAUUAGUACGGGGCGUGCGUGGGUGUGAUGUCGGUAAUCACCUUUAAGGGACUAACCACAUUUAUUCACACGCAAUCGCAUUAAUUGACCAUAAACUAGAUGCUAUGUAAAUUACACAAACAAUUUUCUUCAUCCUGUAAAGUUGUCUAAAAAAGUAAUUAAUUAAUCUUUAAUUUAAUUAAGAUUUUAACCACUUUAUAUCACUCUUCCUAUAUUGCAACACAGCCUAUUCUGACUACUGAUGAUGACACACAGCUAGGUAAGGCACUACAAAUACAGCCUAAUACGCUGCGUUGAUGUGUAUGAGUACGAUUCUAUGCAAAUCAACGCUUUGUUUAAUUGUAGUGCCACGUGUCGCCGCGGCAGUCGUAACCAACCUUUACGAAUUUUC